AUGCCAGCAUCCGCAACUCUUUUCCUGGGCGGCUAUUGCUGUCCUCUGGUUGCUGAAAUUAGACCGAAAAGCCGCAAUGAAUUUGCGAUCGCGGUGAUCUGCGCCCUCCCUCUCGAGGCGGAAGCGGUCGAAGCCCUUUUUGACGAACGCUAUGAUCGGCUGGGAAAACACUAUGGCAAGCAACGAGGCGAUGCGAAUGCGUACAUAAAUGGAAGGAUUGGAAAGCAUAAUGUGGUCCUGUGCUACAUGCCAGGAAUGGGCAAGGGAAGUGCAGCAAGUGUUGCGUCCAGCCUACAAGUUAGCUACUCAGAUGUCCGGCUUGCUUUGGUUGUUGGUAUUUGCGGAGGCGCCCCAUCACCAUCAAAGUACCAAGAGAUAUUUCUUGGCGAUGUGAUUAUUAGUGAUUCAGUGAUUGAAUAUGACUCCGGCAGACAGUACCUUGGCGGUCUUCAGCGAAGGACUGGCGUCAAGGACACGCCAGGCAGGCCAACCCAAGAGAUUAGGGCUCUUCUAAAUGGCUUACGCGUCGAGAAUACCCGCAGCGAGCUUCAGAAUCAGGCGCGACAAUAUCUUCAUAUUUUUCAGCAGAGAGGAGCGAAAUGGUGUCACCCAGGGGUUAGUGACAUCCCGUUUAGCGCAUCUUAUCUCCAUCGGCAUUCGCAUCCUGCUGCUUCUGCUGGGUGUUCCUGUUUCGGAAGCGACUCGCCUGAUCAGAUUUGUAAAGAGGCAUUAGAAAUGGGCUGCGACGGCCUCGAAUGUGACAAAAGCCAACAAAUCCGACGUCGUGAAGUCUUAGAAGUCGUCCCAAAUAUAUAUAUCGGACAGGUUGCUUCUGCCGACACAGUCAUGAAGUCUGGACAGCACCGUGAUGAAAUUGUUAGGAAAGAGAACGUUAUUGUGUUUGAGAUGGAGGGGGCAGGGGUGUGGGACAAUGUUCCAUGCGUCAUCAUCAAGGGAGUGUGUGACUAUGCCGACAGUCACAAGAGUAAGUUCUGGCAAGCAUACGCAGCAGCGACCGGAGCCUCGGCGGCAAAGGCUUUCUUGGAGUACUGGAUGCCUGCGACCCACGACGAUCUACACGGAAAUCUGGCAAAUACCGUGCUCUUGGAACGAGAAAGUGAAUUCAGUGACCAGCACAACGCAUGUCUUGCGAAACUGUUUAUCACGGAUCCAGAGGAGGACCUGAACAAAUUGAAGAGGAGAAAGGGGAUUCGCACCUCGGGGACAUUUAGCUGGUUCUUGGAAUCGGACAAACUCAGAACUUGGGCUCAACAAGUUGAAUUCAUGAGCAACCACAGAGCAAAGGUCUUGUGGCUAUACGGCAAUCCUGGGAUCGGCAAGUCUACAAUGGCUACGACCAUUGCAGAAGAACUCCCGAAGAAGGACUACUUCUCCAAUAGACUUAGUAUUCUCUCUUUUUUUUCCUGCGAAUCCGGCUCUGAAUAUCAGAGGACGGCGACAUCCAUCCUACGAGGUCUUCUGUACCAGAUUAUGUCCGCCUUUUAUCGAACAAAUUAUGUCAAAAUAUGA